GUUGGGAGGCAGAGCUGUCCCUGAGCGGAGCCAUGCAGAGGGUCUGCUACCUCAUCCACCUCACCCUCUUCUGGGCAGGAGUCAUGUCAGCUGCCGUGUUGGUGCCUCAAGACCAAGCAAGGAGUGUGUCUGUGGGGGAACCUGUCACCCUCAGGUGCUCCAUGAAAGGCGAAUCCAUCAGUAACUACUACACCUUCUGGUACAGGAAAACACCGGGUAACACAAUGACUUUCAUAUACCGAGAAGGGGGCACGUAUGGCCCUGGUUUCGAGGACAACUUCCGAGGUAAAAUUGAUUCUUUAAACAACCAGGCUGUGCUGAAUAUCCUGGAGGCAUCAGAGAGAGAUGAAGGAUCUUACUACUGUGCCUCGACCACCACCCUGCUUGAAGGAGGCAUAGAACUGAGGGCAAAGGAAGGCAAAAGGAGGACUGUGUAUGAUCCACUGAUAUUUGGCAAAGGAACCUAUCUGAACGUUGAACCAAAAAUGCAGGCCGUUGCCAACCCAUCCAUUUUUGUCAUGAAAAACGGGACAAAUGUCGCUUGUCUGGUGAAGGAGUUCUACCCCAAAGACGUAACUAUAAGUCUGGAAUCAUCCAAGAUAAUAAGAGAAUAUGACCCUGCUAUCGUCAUCUCUCCCGGUGGGAGGUACAGUGCCGUCAAGCUUGGUCAGUAUGGAGAUCCAGAUUCAGUGACAUGUUCAGUUCAACAUAACAAACAAACCUGGCGCUCUACUGACUUCGAAAUGAAGAAAAAUACUUCAGAAAAUUCAAAACCAAGGGAAACUGAAAACAUCAAGCAAACUCAAACUCCAGAGACCUGCUAUGAGCCCCAAGUUCAAGCCGAGAAGGUGAACAUGAUGUCCCUUGCAGUGCUGGGACUCCGAAUGCUGUUUGCCAAGAGUGUUGCCAUCAAUUUUCUCUUGACUGCCAAGUUAUUUUUCUUUUAAGGCUGACCGGCAUGAGAAGGCUACACGCCCUGAAAGAAACCAAAAGCCUACAGAGGUGCUAUCUCCUAGGCUUUCAACUUCCUGGUGGUUUAAGUUGACCCGUCCCAGCCUUGCUUAAAUGGCUGUUAC